GACCAAACAUAAAAUUACCAUCAAGGAGGUUACACUCAAACUAGUACGUCUCCUUGUUUAUUAUCAAUAGUUUAAUUAUUAACGCUGUAAGUUUCAAAAUGUCGCAAUCAGAUAGUGAUAAUAGUUUAAGGAGCUCUUCUGUCGAUAGCCUGGUACCAGUACCAUUGCGGAAAACAUUUUAUUCCAACACCUCAGUUUGCGGAGUAAUUGACGAUAAUGAAUUUAUAACGGACUCUGGUAGUUUUUUGACCGCAUCAGAUAGCCAACAGAACUGUUGCCGUACGAGCAGCUCCAAGUCCUUCGAACUAUCCGUGGAUUUUUCCCCGCAAACACUGAAAGACUGGCUGCGCUUGGCGAAAAUUCUGAUCAGCAGGACCGAGAAUCCGCAGAACAAGCAUCUGAUAGCGAAGAAAACGGACGAGUUGCAGGAUUUUUUCUACUUCUUAGCCAUCGAGUACUUUUCUACCGAAAAUUUCUUUGAAGAAUUCUUGGAGCAAAAACGCGAAGAAUUCAUCGAUAAUUGGCAGAAUGUGGUCGAUGAUUGCGUUAACAUAUUCGAUCUAUUAUUAGAAGUUAUCGAUAAUAUCGAUUUAGAUAAUAGUUUUCGUAAAGCAUAAGUCAUUUUUUACACAAUUUUUAAUGAAAUUAUUUACUUUUUCCUUAUAUUUU